GCCGGUCCCUUGAAGAACUGACACGGUUGUGUUCUUGGAGGAGUGAUCAAUUUCUGUUUUGUUAUUUUCCUUCGAAACAAUGUCUCAUCAAACCGGCAUUCAAGGUAAGUUUACAGGAAAAGUUUAAGGUUUCUUGAUUUGUGGGAAAGCCAGGUUUUCUCGAAGGAAUUCGUUAAUUUCAUUAUUACAUCGAGCUCCGCUUACUUCGAUCUUAGACGUCGUGUCGAUUUUUGCGGAAGAUUUAAACUACGUAACGCGGCUUUAACUUAUCAAAGGUUUUGCUAAAAAGGUCAUGCAACAGGGUAUUAACUGUGAAUGGCAAAGAUUGUUCCUGCUGUGAAAUAGGUUUGAUUGUGAAUAGCAAAACAGAAACAACAAACUUGGUAGCUGCUGUGAAUUGAGCUUAAAGGACAGAGAUAUUCAAGAUAUUGAGCGGAAAUUUUCGCCAAGCUGUUUUGAAUGAUAUAAAUAGUAUAUUUGGAUUAAGAAGUGAUUUAUACAGCCUCCCUCUCUUGAUUUUUUGUUCAAUGUUAUUUGCAUACUAGUUUGAAAGAUUUUUCCGCGGCAUGGAUGGUAUGCACUGAACAACUUGUUAAACCUUCAAACACAGGCAGAACCCCGUGCGAUUAACUAUCAAUAACAGCGAGUUUUGUUACACACUCUCAUUAAAUUUAUCAAACUGAUAAAUCUAAAUUUAUAUGGAGGAACAAAAAUCGGAGAUACAAAAAUUGAUGAAACUACGGACUACUACACUGAUUUAUUUCCCUUUACACUUGUCUGACCCCUCCUCCCCCCCCCCCUUAAACAACAUCUGUCAAUAACGUCAUUGUGAAUUGAAGCAAAUGUGUAUUGUGUCAAGAGGUGGUAAAUUGGAAGUAGUUUCCUUCAAAUAGUUUCAGAUAACGAAUUUAACCUUGUGACCCUUAUGAGUGAUUAGCAUCUAAUUUCUCAGUACAAUAUCAACCCCAAAUCACACCUUAGGGGUCAGGAGAAAAAAAGGAAGUGAUCAAUAACUGAGGAAGAUCUUGAUUGUUAAACAAAUUCUCCUUAAUGUAUGAAGAAUAGUAUGGAUGAAUAUGCAUACUGAUAUUUGGAUGUAAAGGGUUAAGUUUAUAAAAUAUAACAGUGAGCCCAGUUUUAUAAAGGGCGAAUAAUGCUAUCCAACUGAUAAAUUGCUAUCCAGCAGAUAAGUGAUUUCAAAACGUAUAGUGUUAUCCACCGGAUAGAGAUUUAUCCAGUGGAUAGUAUUAUCCCAACUUUGAACAACUGGGGCUUGUUUAUUGAUUUUGUUGCCAGUCAUUAAUAAAAUAAUGCUACGAACUUAUUUUCAAGUGUGUGUUCAAUUAGAUCAUUACAGUGAUUUCUAUCUUUUUUUCUGGGAUUAUUCAGAGAUUUAUUGCAAACCUAACAGUUUAGUUAUAAUAUAAUCUUACCCUGAUUGUAUUUUACACAGCAAAUGAAGAACUGAAGGCCAUCUUUGUAAGAGCCAAAAUGGGAAAAAUAAGAGUUAUCAAAGUGGAUAUUCAGGAUGGUGAGUAAUUUUUUUGUAAAUGUUUCAUUUAUGUUUUGAAAUACUUACUGUGCCCGAGAUUACAUAUUAUACAAAAGCAUUUUUAUGGGUUUAAGUUACCCAAGACAACAAAAAUUAUAAGCUAUACAGUUUCUUAAGAUGGUACAACAAUAGUGGUGCCCCAAUUUUUGCAAUAGUUCAUAAAGAGAAUUUGCUUUUAUCAACUGAGUUGUUAGUGUAAGUUGGCCUCUGUAACAAAUUUUUUAAGCUGAGAUUUUGAGUUUUAGCCCCUUUUCAGAAUGGAAAACAAAUCCCUGCUAUUGAUGAUACUAAAAUUUAACCUUAUAAUACCCCUCACAGUCACAAGAUGACAAUUUCUUAACAAAGUUACCUUCUAGUUGAUAUGAGGAUAGCAGAGAGUGAUUAGUUCUUGCAGCACAAACAAGUUGAUGAAAUCGUGUUGCAGUGAUUGCCUCUAAAAUUUUGCUAAGCCUAUUUCUUUAUUCAUUUUUUCUUGAAAAUUGGAAGCAGACAAAUGAUAGAAAGAAAAAAGGCUAUUGAAACAUAGCUUCACCUUGGACAAGAGAAUUCCCUAUUUGGUCUUUCAUGAGUGUGGAAAAAAUUAACUGAAAAAAAAUAGUUACCAAAUAACAACCAAAAUGAUAGGGAAGCUGAACUUAUGAAAAAAAAAAGAAUUCUUUCAUGAUACACUCUUCAUAUUAGAUACAUACCUUUUUUCAUAAAAUGUAUUAAUUGCUUUAUUGUAUUGUUUUUUUUCUUUUUCCAGAGCAGUUACUUUGUACCAGUAGUAAGGAAGCUGAUGGAGACUGGGAGAAUGAUAUCCUUGAAAUGUUAAAAGUCCACUGUGUUUUGAUUUCAAAGACUGGUUGUUAAAAUAGUUAACUGUUUUUUUUUUUUUUUUUUUUUUUUUUAAGAGAAAGAAAGCUGAGUCUGUCAAAGAAUGUCUUAGGAAAGUAAACCCUUUACACCCUAAUAUCAGUAUGCAUAUUCUCCUUACUGUUUUUCAUACAUUUUUUAAGUUGCUGAUAAGGAGAAUUUGUCUAACCAUCAAGAGCUUCUCUGGUUGGUUUUCAUUUGCUUUAUUUUUGUCACCUUAAUGUGUGAUUCAGGGGUAAUUUUGUGAAGAAAAAUUAAAGGCUAGUUACUCUUAACCCUUUUACUUCUGUUGUUGACCAAGACAGAAUUUCUCCUUAUAAUAUCAGUACAAUGUCAAGCAGACAAGUAAUGAAAAUAAAGAAAAAUGUUAGUUACAAUAUUAAAAGUUGGUUCAAUACCAAAUUCUCCAAACUAACAUCACAAGAACUGUGUGACAGACAGUAGGGAGAAUCACUAAUGAGAUCUUGGGAUUUAAAGAGUUAAGUGUGGGUCAUAGGCACAAUAAUUUACUGUGUGACUGAUUAUGAUCAAAAUGAUAAUGAUGGUUAAAAUGAUUAUGUUAAGGGUGAGAUUGGCUGGGUUAGCAGUAGUUAAAAUCUGUACUCAUUAGCUAAGUGGCCCAACCAGCAGGAGCCUAUUGUGGUUCCUUAGAAUGAAAAAACAAUGAAUAUCACUACUUCCUGCUGGUCAGGUUUCAAUCCCGGACCUUUUUGACUAGUAGUCCAUGGCACUAGCCAUUAGUCUGCCACAUCUCCCUCAGAAUAGCAUCAUAAUCAAUUAUUGGAUGAGGUUUUUGUGAUAUCCAGAAUAAUCUAGGUAGAGGAAGGGGUUAUUAGCUAAAGCCUUUGGCUUCAGCUGAUAACCCUUACUGAGACCUUGAUUAUUCUGGAUAUCACUAAAACUGAAUCUAUUAAUUGUUUUAUUAUACAUCAAACAACAACAAAAAAGAAAGUUACAAUAGUAAGUGAUACCGAUAAUUUAUCUCUAAAUGUGUAAAAACAUAUAAAUCAGCAAGCAACACAAAGGGUGUGAACUUGACAUGACUACAUGAAAACAUACACUCUUGAACUAAUCCCCCAGAGAGGGCACUACUAAUGAUCUACUAAUGAUCUCUUAAUAACAUGCAGGUUGGGGUUGUCUGUUAAUUGUUGCUUUCAAACAUGUAACUGCUGGGUUUAUGUUGGAUUUACUGUUAGAUUAAGCCUUUUUAACCUCAUCUUUACAAAUGCUAUCACUUUUGUCAUGCCACUGUAACCACAAGUUGAAAUCACUUUGCGUAACGUUUACUUGAAUAAAUCCUUGACUGUUUUCACAUUAUGACAAAUCAAUUCUACCUCUGUUAGAAGAGAAAGAACCUUGCUAUAUCUUUUAUCGAUUGGACAGCCAAAAUAACCAAGGCUAUGAGUGGCUGUUCAUCUUCUACUCUCCUGACUUUUCCAAGGUGAGCUAAUUGCAUUUCUAGAAUUAGAAUACUUGUUUGUGCAUUGUUGCUAAGCACGGACUGCUGGCGAAAUUUACCAGCUGGCUUUCUGGACAGCAAUCACUAAGAAAAGCAUAAAGGGCAAUUUUGAGGUCAAGCAUUUACAAUCAUUAAUACUGAAUGCUAUUACCUUAUUAAAAAUAGUUUAAUGUAGGUUGUUUCAAAUGUUUGUGCCCUUUAUUGAAAAUCGAAAAAAAUUGUUUUCCCAAAUGUCUGGCCUAGUUAAACCUUGCAAGUUAAUAAUCCAUGUUAAUGUUUUUUAUAAUAGCCUGCAUAUCUCCCCUUGUGUUUUAUGACAUCUUUCAGACAACAUGGCACUGAAAGAGCUAGCUAUUUAGGGUAGUGGGGGAACUUUUUCUCCAAGCAUGGCAUUGCCACAUUUUCAGCCUUCCCAUUGUCUUAGUGUAAGUGAGCAUCAUGUAGCCAGAUUUGAAAACCAUGAAAGCUCUGCUGAACCACUUUAUGCAGAGGUUAGCUGAUGACUACAGUAGACAGAAAUUUUCAAGCACAGAUGACAAAUUCUAGGUGUCAGUAUUUGUUUUUAUCUAACCUGAUACCAUUAAAAAAAAUUGUAUACUAGUCCCCAGUUUCAUUUCUUAACCCAACACAACUAAGAAAUGGCAGGCUGACUUUAUAUGUAACAACUGCAUGUCUGUUAUUCAUGUAGCCUCAGCGGAAGAUGUUGUUUGCCGGAACAAAAGCUACUCUGAAGCAGGAGUUCGGAGGAGGUCAUAUAAAAGAUGAAUUGUUUGGAACAAAUCAAGUAUGUAAUAUUCUGCAAAAUUUUUAACCUACUCCCAAAAUUUCAGUAGAAAAUUCUCCUCACUGUCUGCCAUACAAGUCUUUGGAUGUUCGUUCAGAGAAUUUGAUAUUUGAUCAACUGCUUAUCUAAUAAUUGAUAUAUUUCUUUAUUCUCACAACUUGUUUGCCUGAUGUUGCAUUGAAAUUGUAAGGAGAAGUUUUCUCUUGGUCACACGUUAAAGGGUUGGGAGUGUGAAUUGUGAUCAUUAGAAAGAACUUAACAUUUACCCUUUACCCAUGAGUGACCAAGAGAUAAUUUCUCCUUACAAUAUCAAUACAAUAUUAAGUAAAUGAGUGAUGAGAAUAUGAAGGCAUACAUUAUGUAUCAACUAGAGGAUUAUUACUUGAUCCAAUAGCAAGUUCUUCACAGUAACAUCACAAGAAUUGCAUGGCAGACAGUAAGGAGAAUUACUAAUGAGAUCUUGGAAGUGAAAGUGUUAACGUUCGUGAGGUGAUACUGAGUUGUAUAUCAUCCGUUUUAAGUCUUUUGGCUCUGAUGAGAACCUCUGCUCAGCUUGUUGAAGUGUUAGUUAACCCUUUAACGCCCAAUAGUUUUCUGCACUAUAUCUGUCAUACAGUUCUCAUGAUGUAAGUUUGGAGAAUUUGGUAUUAGAUCAACUAAUACUGUAUUGAUAUUGCAGGGAGAAAUUCUGUCUUGAUCACUCAUGGGAGUUAAAGGGUUAAAUAAUAAUCCUGACAGCAGUUCUUUUUAAGACUACUCUUGCCCAAUCACCCACAUGCUGAGACUGCUCAAUCAACUACCACUCAAGGAUUAAAAUAACAAAACAAAACAGCUCUAUGGUGGUGUGAUGUAAUUCAAAAUACAAUAAUAAAGAAAAUAUUAUCAACCCUUUAGUGCCUUAGAGUCAUAAGCUUCUAAUUUUUCCCAACAGUCUUACCCCUGGGUCAAACAUUAAGAGAAUGAAGGAUAUGAUUGAGAAGCUGUUGAUUGUUAAACAAAUUCUCCUUGUCAGAACCUUAGGAAAUUUAUGGAGAACAGUAUGGAGAAUCUGCACACUGAUGUUAGAGUGUAAACAGUUAAUUGCAUUGGUUUAGUUUUAUCAACUUCAUGUGCAGUUGGACCAUUCAUUUUUUCACACAAAGAAAACCUGUUUGGGCACAUCAGAUGCUAAUAUUUCAUAGACAUGUGACUUUGAUUUUUUUUCAUCAGUUUUUGUUUUUGUAUUUUUUUAGUCUGAUGUUUCAUUAAAUGGAUUCAAGAAACACAAAGCUCAUGAAAGUGCCCCACCUCCACUGACUACCCAAGAGCUGGAACUUGAAAUGGUGAAACAGCAAGAGGUAAGAGACCUGAUGUCCUGGAAUUUUGUUUUGAAUGCAAUUGGCCAUGUUCUGAACUAGCAUGGGACUUGAAAUCUGGAAAUUGAAAAGUUUUGUCACUGUAUGGAGCUUUUAAAAUGUGCAUUGAGUACAGUGGCUAGAUGUUUUUGUUAUUUGCUAACUUGCAAAGGCAGGUGUGAUACACACUUUUGGAAAGAAACAGUUUAAAGAGGGUUUUGUUUGGUUAGCUGUAAGGUAUGGUGUACUUAUUGUCAAUGGAUUCCAAAUCAUGAUGUCUAAGCGCUGGAGAUGGUCAUCAUCAGGUGUUUUGAACUAGACACAAAACCUUUUCACUCCUAGUAGUGACCAAGAUGGUAUUUCUCCUUACUGUUCCAAAACAGUUUCAGGCUGGAGAUGGUCAUCUUCAGGUGUUUUGAACUAGACACAACCUUUUCACUCCUAGUAGUGACCAAAAUGGAAUUUCUCCUAACAGUUCCCAAACAGUCUCAUGCAGAAUGGUGUAAUGAGAAGAUAAAAACAGAUCAAUUAUCAGAUACUCUAUGAAUUUACACCAAAUUCUAAGAUUUAAAAUAAUAUGAAAUGUAUAGCAGACAGAGUAUUUAGUUGAAACAGAUUUCGGGAGCGACAGAGUUAACUCCUUCAGCGUCUCAUUCCACCCGGGAGUUUUCAAAUGAAUACUGGCUGUUUACAAGUGGCUACCCGCGAGCUUGCCAGUGAGACCUUGCAAACUGAGGAAAGGUUAAACUUCGAACAGUUCUUCUUUUCGGCGAAGUCCGUCGCGUGAAUCUAAAAAGAUCCGCCAAAAUAUGACUUAAACUUACAUUGCGGGACUGUGGGAGUGAGGCACCUUACUCCCUGAGUUCUGUGCACUUUCAUGUUACCCAUUUAUUCUCCCAAGGAGAACAUUAGAUCUUGCCCUCAGUAGUACACCAGCUUUUCAUUAUCUUAAAUGUCAUGGUUCAAAUGCGCUAACAAGGUUUCUUUUUCUUUUUUGUCCAAUUACAGAUGCGAGCAGACAUCAGUGUAGACAGCAAACAGAGUCACAUGACUGGUGUCCAGUUUCCAGUAACUGAUGAGGCUCGGGCUAAACUGACGGAGCUCAAAAAUAAAAAAUUAAGCUUGGUCCAAUUAGUAAGUUAUACGUUAUUACAUAACUUCGGAAACAGAGUAUCGUUAACGUUUUGUGUUUUUGUGAUAUUGUUUCAGCUUUUCGGGCCCGUGAAGUUACAAGGACGUGCUAAAAAGGGUCCCAUUGCGAAAAUGCAUGCUUUAAAGAUCAGGAGAUAAGUAGUUUUAAAAUUUAGUAAUUAAAAAUAAAUCUCUUUUUUUUUUUUCAACAGGAACUUAACAUAAAGAACGAAACAAUUGUUCUUGCGGAAACCAAGGAGAACGUUGAUGCCAACGAUUUGGCACAAAAUGUUCCUGAAGACAAAGGACGAUAUGUUUUCUAUCUUUUUAAACACACCUUUGAAGGCGACUUCUUGGAAUCCAUAGGUAAGAAAUUACCAAUAACGUUGAGUAAAUGAAGGGGGUGAGUUUCUUUCCACCGCGUCAGCGAGGGAGUAUAAAUGUAAAUUGUUUAUUGUAAGGAUUUUCCAAAGCUGACAUUUCAAGCUUUAGCCCUUUGCUCUGACGAAGGUCUAACGCUCGAAACGUCAGUUUUAGAAACUCUUUACGGCGGAAAAUUUACUUUAUCGACUCAUUUGACAAGACCAAACGAUUUAGCCAUGAUCGGAAAUCAAUAAAGUGCGUAUGAUCUGAAUAGGAAUGAAUAUGUCUGUCUCGGCGUAACAAGUUCUAGGGUAUUCAUAAACCUACGGACAUCGAAGAUAGCGUGGCUCACAGUUCUGUGAGUUCCUAUAAUUUGUUUACAUAAUUUCCCAUGGCAUCCAGACCGAAACGAGUUAAACCGCGGGACUUCACUCAGCCACGGGAUUCAAAGUUCUGCCAUGAAAUCGAGGCGAGUAGUCCGUCAGUCCGAGAUGGCGACCAAACCUUCAGAAAGAAGCGACGCGUACAAUAUGCGUUUCCCUUACGUCAGACGAAAUAUAUUUAGGAAGAUUACUUAGACCCUAGGUUGUGAUCCUACAGCUGUCGCCCUUCACCGAAGUUGAAACUGAGAGCACUUUUCUUUUUCUGGUGUUGGGUUCAGUGUGUUCGUUGGUGAGACCUUCAACUCUUUCAUCGCCUCUUUCGAUCUACUUUGCAGUUUUUGUGUAUUCAAUGCCUGGAUACAAAUGCUCGAUAAAGGAUCGCAUGUUAUAUUCUACAUGUAAGGGCCCGCUGUUAGAUGUAGCCGCAUCUCUUGGUCUUGAAAUCGAAAAGAAGGUGAGUAUUUAGGGACGAGUCAUUAUUUUUUAUAAGUUUAUUUAAAGAAGGUAUAAUUCAUAUUAAGGCUAGACAAAUGUUUAAGAUUCCCCGAUGACUUGACACCCAAGUUAGUUUAAGUAUUUUUUAACUUUUAUGCUUAGUUCACGCCCCUGCUGGAAACCAGCUUUUAUAGUGUUGAUGAUAGGCUAGCGUGUCAGCGCUUGAUUAUUAGACGCCUUGAAAGGGGGAGGGGUGGGGUGGAAUUUGGGGGGAUCACGUGGUUUACAGGGGGAACAUAGUGGGGUCAGUCGUCGCCAAUAGCCAAUAGCUUAGAAACGGAGGGAAUUAUAGAAAAUUGUCUUCUAGUGACGGGGGACAGAUCUGUGUGGGGGGGGAAGGGGAGGGAAUCAGGUAAAUAUUAAAUAUCACGACACAACCAAAAUUCUCCAAAGCGCCUCCCCCUCCCCCUCCCCUCCCCGACAAUAAUUAAUGACCGGGUCCUUAACUGUCAGCACUGCCACCAAAUUUUUUUACAUCGCUUAAUGUAACGCGCUCGUUGCCUCUUUAAAUGUUUUUGCUUCUUUUUUGUUCCCAUUUUCCCUUCCCGUCUUUGCCCUCACCUUUCUAUCAUUCCAUUCAUUGUGUUUCCCUAAAAAUCUUUGUCCUUCUUUUCCUGCCUUCCAGCAGUUCCUUACAUGUAGCUUUGUUUCUCAGAUUGAAACGUCCGACCCUAAGGAACUGAACGAGGAGUUCUUACACGAUCAACUUCACCCCCGUAAGGACUUGAUCAGACAGAAGUUUGCCAAGCCUCCAAAACCAAGUGGAAGUCGCGGGCCAAGGAGAAUCCACAAGGAAACGUCAAGCACGGAAUAGUUUGUUCAGAUUCCGAUAGUUAAACGAAUGUAUUCGCGUUUCAUAUUUUGGUGAAAAUUGCAAAUUCUCGCGAAUCAACCUAAUGAAAUUUAUUAUUUUCUAUUAUUUUGUUGUUGUUGUUGUUCAGAGUUGCAAGAACUUACCUGUGCAAGAAAUUCCAUUGUUCUUUCGUAGAAAAAUUAAUCUUUCGUUAUGUAGUAUAUGUCACAGUUUGCUUUACCGUAAUAUAUUCAGAGUGAUUUUGAAUCAGUCAGAAUAGCUAUUGCGUUUAGAGAGGUGUUCAGCUGACGACAAGUAUUGCCUUUCAUAUUGCCCCCGUGAAGUGAAUUUUUUAACGCUUUUUUUACACCUUAGCAUUUAUAUUCGUAUUCCUCACGCCGUUGUCUUUACACAUCUUGUGGCAAUGAACUUUUUUGACAAUCAAGAGCUUCUUAAGUUGAUGACCAUUUCCUUUAUACUCGCGACUUUUAUAUUUGAUUAACGGUUGAUACUUUAAGGAGAAAUUUGAAGCCAGUCAUUCGUAGGGGUAAAUGUUGAGCUUGAAUGUUGAAACUCGAAUUUAUGUUGGUGAUGUAAUUUUUUCUACGGAAUUAUCAAUGACAUCUUUCUUGCUUAGAGUUCUAAGAACGUCCGUUUUUAAUUCCCAAACUCUUCUUCUCGUCCGUUAGGGUAACUAGCGUAGAUCUGAUCCGCAGAGUUCGCGUGUUCUUAAAUUAGUGGAAAUUGUUGAAGAAUUCGUGUUCCUUUUCGUAGAUAAGCUUAACUUUCUUGGAACUUGGAUGAAGAAUGUUAUAAUUUGUGUUGAAACUACCUCAGCUUCACUUAUUCACUGCAAUGAGCUGUAAAUUGUUUGGAAUUUUAGAUGUUUUUGAAAUAAAGUGAGCCCGUCUCGAGU